AUUCAAAUGCAAAGAAGAAGAGUUCCCACACAAUUCAAUUUGAUUUGCAAGCAAUAGUUUACUGCCGAGCGUUCGAAUUUUUAUUUUAUUUAAAUUAUUUUAAAAAGUGCUGCAUUAAAUGUCGAAUCUAGCGAAUAUAUAUGCCGAGUUACUACGCAGAUAUGGUGAUCAUUAUACAAUUGCAUAUAGCGCGCCGCCUAGUUAUUUAAUUAGAUUAAUUGGCGCGCACGAAGCUGCUGGCAAGAUGAUUUACGUCUAUAAUGAGAAUCGCAAAGGCGGCACAACCAUUUCAACGACGCCAACGAAAUUGUUAAUGCAAUCGGAACGAGAACGUCGUCCUAAUAAUGGAGUGGAUCUCGAUCUCACUGGCAGCCCGCUGAAGGACGAUUGCGUUGUGGAUGCCAUUGGUGAUUUAUCUCUUGCCGACUUGAACAUUGUUAAUAGGAAUCCUUGGCGCCAGGACGAGGAAUAUCAUCGUGGCCAGCCAGCGGAUAAAGCCCGUGCCAUUAUCUGCAGUGAACACUUUCAGCAAGCCGGUGAUGGUCAAGGAUCCGUUUGGUUUCUAUGCGAUGGCAGCGAUCACAACCAAACAAUGUUGUUGCAAUAUGAAUUCAAUCCAAAGCAUUUUUCACGCGGGAUUGUCAGCUAUGCUGGAGUUCUUCCAUCAUAUAUGGUCACUUCGCAAUCGUUGGUGAGACAACAUGGCAUGGCUGGCGCGCUGGAGACCUUCAUUGAGAACUGUUAUCAGGUGAAUCCCUCGAUGACGUUGCGAUUCAAUUGGUCCACAACGGCUGCGUUGCCGUUGCUGGUCGAUCUGAGUGCUGGGAAUUUGGUGUUGAAUCAAACAUUUCGGGUCAGCGAUUGCGGUCCUUUGACCGAUGACUUCAUGAAUCAGCUGAGAAUAUUGAUUUAUAUUAGGGAGGAUAUCCUCAACUAUCACAGCGAUGAGAAGGCGGGUCGAAUGCGUGAUCCUGUUUAUCGUUGUGGUAGCGGCAUCGAUAUGGACGAGCUGCGUGAAUCGAUCAAUAAGACCAUGACUGAGGUUUCUGGUUUUACGGACGUCUUCACAGAUGGGCAUGCGGAGAACGAUAUUGAGGAGGUAGUGCAGCAGGCCAAGCUGCGACGGGUUACCGAUUUGACCGACAAGCUCUGGGAGUUGCUCAAAUGUUGCUCUUCGUAUAAGGAUCUGAAGAUUGCCUUCAACAUGCUCUUUCAAUGCGCCGUGCGCUGCAACAUUGUGAACAUGCCGACCAACAAGAAUCGUUUGGCUGAAAUCAUUUCAAAUCUGGCCAACAGCCGCUUGGCAAUGCCUUGCCUUAGUGGCGCCGAACCCUUGGAAUUACUGUUGGAGAUUGGGCUGGAAAAGGUUUACAAGGAUUAUGAGUUUAUCUUUACGGAGAGCAAAAUCUGCAGCACCAGUUUGCUGAAGGGCAGCACUACAGCAGCCACAGAAACUGAUGCUGGCAAUGAGCUGCCCAAGCUGCGCAAGUCGCUGCACAAUGCUGUGCGAGGUGAUACUGCACCUAGUGGCGCUGGAGCUGGUGGCAUGCGGAAAACGCUGUUGCAUAAUAGUGCUGACAGCAAGCAGGCGGCUGGCAAAUUUCAGAAUGGCGAUGCUGGAGGAUUUAAGAACAGCACAUUUGAUGAAAAGGACAGUCUGAUGUCGAUUUCAAAGCUAUUUCAAAUACAUUGCACGCUGGAGCACAUUCUGAUGAUACACAUCAAUUUGAAUUUGCCAAAUGUCUAUGCCGAUGUCUGCACUCAGUUGUUGAACAAAUCACCGCGUCAAUUGGAAUGCAUUGAUGAUCAGGUGAGCGAUGUUGUGGACAUUCAGCUGUCUGCUCAUUAUGUGCGCGAACAUUUGGACGGCAAGGAUCCGCACUCACGGCAUAUAACUAUGAAAUCGAGCAACAAGUUUAGGGAACUAACAACCACAUUCUACUUCAAUCUCGAGAACAUUUGUCCACCCGAUUUGGUGCAAUGCUUUCAGUCUGAUGACAAGGAAAUGGUCAAGGAGCGCACAUAUCAUUCGUGGCUAUAUCGGAAAAUUCGCACACUAAAGUAAAAUCAAAGCGCAGUUGACAUUGUAAAUGUUCAUAUGAGAUUUGAAAGUAUUUCGUGCGUAAUAGAAUUAUAAACAAUUUGUACCACCAAUUGUCACUUGUUUUACAA